AUGUACUUCUGUGACAAGUCCGGCAAGGGACAGGCAGAAGACACAGUUCAAGCUCGCAGCGUGGGUCCUCCAACACCAGCAGCAGCAACACCAAUCCCACCACAACAAGCAGCACCAACACCACCAAUACCACCGCAACCAGCAGCACCAACACCACCAGCAACCCCAACACCUCCACCGACAACAACGAAAACACCUCCACCGACAACAACAAAAACACCUCCACCGACAACAACAAAAACACCUCCACCGACAACAACGAAAACACCUCCACCGACAACAACGAAAACACCUCCACCGACAACAACGAAAACACCUCCACUGUCAACAACGAAAACAACAACAAUAAAAACUGCAAAGGCAACAAAAAUUGCAACAACAACAACAAACACCCCAACAACAGCGAAAACUACUCAAACAACACCAACUCCUCCAACUAACUCGAGAUAG